AUAUGUAUGUUUAAAAACUGAUUUAUAAAAAUGCAAGAAUUUAUAUUCUUGCAUAUAUAAGCUCAACGGAGAGCACGGCCGUGAAAAACUACUAAUAACAACAAUGGUAUACCAACAUAUAAAGCAUAAAUACAAAGGGAUCUCCAAAGAUAUCAACAAAUAUCAGAGAACAAUCGACAAACAUACCAACACAAAAAAUAGCAUAACGUUUUUAAUUAAAUGCAGACAAUACAACUAUACUCCAAACUUUAUUGAAAAUUCUACCAAACAAAUGACAUCAGUUUUAAAUAAUAAUGAUGAAAUUCUCCCGCCAAAAUUCGUCAGUGCCAAAGAAAAUUUUAUCGAGAGAACCAAACGCAUUAUGAUGAACUUAAUUAUACAAGAGAAACACAUAAUGAUGAAAACCUACCAAAGGGAAAGCCAUAUAAACCAAAACAACAUUAAGCAAUACCUAACCGAGGAAGAAAUGGAUCAGCUGUUAAGCAACGAAGAAAUAAGAAGUAAAGCGUAUGAGACUAAAACGAAACAAUUGUUGAGAGAGAAAUUUGACAAACUGAAAGAGAAAAACAACAAUAACACUAACAUCAUAUACAAUAACAACUGGUUCUCCAACCAGACAAACAUCGAAAUACCAGAAUAUGCAAAAUUGGCGCUCUCAUUAGGCCCAAAAUUCGCACUACCAUUUAAGCAGCAAGAUUUUCCAAUAUUCAACAUAAUAGCUGACAGUGAGGACUGCAUACAGACAAUUAAAGAAAAAGAAGAGCAAGAAAUCGCGAGAACAAGAGUGGCAAUUAUACUUGACAAUGAAAUAAACAAAAGACCGUGGGACAAAACUGAAAAAUUCAUAACAAGGACAGUGGGGCGAACUCAAAAAUUUUUGAACCAAAAUAAAAAUAUAUUAAUUUUGGAUGCGGACAAAGGAAAUGUCACUGUAGCGAUGGACGAAGAGGAUUACGACAAGAAAAUGAAAAACAUCGUUAAUGAUAUGAUGACAUAUAAAAGAACAUUGAAGGAUCCAACGGCAACACUACUAAAAAAAUCCAACGAUAUCAUAGACAAAAUGGCGACACAGAACAUCAUCAACAAUAGCGAAAAGUACAAAUUGAAAUCAACAACUGCAAGAGCCCCCCGCAUUUAUGGACUACCGAAAGUCCACAAACAGGAUACACCACUAAGACCUAUCUGCUCAAAUAUAGACGCACCUGCCAAUAAGUUAUGCAAAUUCCUGGCAAACACGCUAAAAAAACUUACAGAAAAAUCUGUAUACAACGUUAAAGACUCCAUAGUUUUCAGAAAUAAAAUAUCAGACACCAAUAUACGACGACGAGAUAAUGAUAUCCUUCGAUGUAGUCUCUCUGUUUCCAAGCGUACCUGUGGACUACGCUCUCAGGAUCAUCUAACAUAAAUGGGACGAUAUAGAAGAAUCUACGAAAUGGAAGAAGGAAUUUUUCAUAAACAGCCUGAAAUUUUGCAUAAAGGACACCCGUUACUUCAAAUAUAAGGAUCGAGUCUACACGCAACAAAAAGGACUACCUAUGGGAUCGCCACUUUCACCAAUAAUUGCAGACAUAACCUAGGCUAAUAACCAAAUAUGUUGACGAUAUAUUUGUCAUCAUCAAAAAGGACCAGGUGGACGUAACACUAGAAGCAUUGAACAGCUAUCACAAAAAUAUUAAAUUCACGAAGGAAGAAGAACAUGAGAACCGAUUACCGUACUUAGAUGCUCAACUCAUAAGGACUAACAACGUAAUUAAAAUAAAUUGGUACCAAAAACCCACUGCGGCCGGACGACUACUGAACUAUUUUUCAAAUCAUCCAAAAAAUUCAACACGGCAUACAACUUUAUCAGACGAGUACUCACAAUAAGCGACCCAAUAUUUCACAGAAGUAACAACGAAAUCAUCUCCAAUAUACUAAACAUGAAUAGUUUUCCACAACAGGCCAUCAAAAAGCUACUACAUAAAUACUAUGGACAACAUAAUCAUAACAAGGACAACAAAGAACAGCCAAAAAUAUGGAAGUCGAUGACCUACGUGCCAAAAGUGGCAGACAGAAUGGCAAAAAUUAAAUUCUAUGACAAAGAAAAAUAUAAAAUUGCGUACAGAAUGGACAAUAACUUAAAAAACUAUACAGCAACACAAAAAGCAAAAUUGACAAAAUGGACCAAAAUAAUGUAAUAUAUAGCAUAACAUGUAAUGGAAAUACGCAAAACAAAUGUGAAAAAAUCUACGUUGGAACGACAAAAAAUAAUCUAAAAACUAGGAUUAGUGGACACAAAUCAAAUCUUAGAUCGCGCAAAAUGGAAACACACAACAAACAGCACUGUCGGCCCACUGUGCAGAACUCUCACAUUAUCCAAAUUUUGAUGACGUUAGCAUAUUGCAAAAGGAGAGCAAUUACAACAAGAGACUGACGAUAGAAAUGCUACAUAUAACUAACACACCGACAGAAUUAAGAAUAUAUUACAAAACGGACACAGAGAACGUCGCUCAUGCUUACAGACACCUGAUCGAUAAAACAAAAAGAAUACAAACCAAAAUCAGUCGAAGUCCAGCCACUUGACAGCAUAGGAUGAAAUCAUCUACGCAAAAAUAAUUUAUAUUUUCUUUGGUCUUUUGUGUUUUAUGUUAGUUUUGCU